AGCACAGGGAAUGUUUCCAGCAGGACACCACAGUAGAGGAGAUCCUGGGCCCAGAGCUGAAGUGACAGAGCAGCCAAGUGAUUCUCUAUCACUGUGAGAAGGGCUGUGCUGCAGCUUUCCCGGGGAGCUUCGUGUUUCUGUCAGUGACAAGAUGACAAUUCAUAUUUUUACCAAAUGAUCCAGUGACUCAUCCUAUUAACUCCGCUGGAAUACACACUUCCAGUCCUCUGCCACAGUAAGUCCGUGGGAUUUUGCAUUCUUUCUGGAAAUAUUACCCAGGAGUCAGUCCACAGUUCUCCAGAUGCUUUACUGCUUCCACUUGUCUCGUACGCAUUUAAAUUACGACUGGAACUCCUUCCCCGUUUGACAUUCCUGCCUCCGGAGCUUAUGCCAGCUGCAGUCCUUAACUCACUGACAUCAAAAUGACUGAGGAGGACUUAGAUCACAGAUUCAGUUGUCUCACCUGGGAUCAGAUUAAAAUCCUGGAUCAGGUUUUAGCUGAGCCCAUACCUAUCCAUGGGAGAGGAAACUUUCCAACCCUGGAUGUAAAGCCGAAGGAUAUCAUUCAUAUGGUGAAGGACCAGCUCAUUGAGAAGCAGAUCCACGUCAGAGACAUCCGCCUGAACGGCUCCACAGCCAGUCACAUCCUGGUCAAGCAGAACGGAACCAGCUACAAGGACCUAGACAUCAUUUUUGGGGUGGAACUUCCCAGUGAGUUGGAGUUCCAGAUUGUUAAGGAAGCAGUCCUUAACUGCCUAUUGGACCUCUUGCCAAAAUGUGUUAAUAAGCAAAAAAUCACGGCUCAGACCAUGAAAGAUGUGUAUGUGCAGAAGAUGGUCAAAGUCUCCACCGACCACGACCGCUGGAGUCUCAUCUCGCUGUCCAACAACAGCGGCAAGAACGUGGAGUUGAAGUUUGUCAGCUCCCUCCGGCGGCAGUUCGAGUUCAGCGUGGACUCCUUCCAGAUCAUCCUGGACUCCAUCCUGGCGGUGUACAGAGCCUCGGACUGCCCGCUGGCAGAGGACUGUCACCCCACCGUCAUCGCCGAGAGCAUGUACGGGGACUUCAACGAGGCCAUGGACCACCUGAAAUACAAACUGAUCUCCACCAGGAACCCCGAGGAGAUCAGAGGAGGUGGCCUCCUGAAGUACAGCAACCUCCUGGUCCGUGACUUUAAGCCGGCAGAUGAGGCUGAAAUUAAAUCUCUGGAACGUUACAUGUGCUCCAGGUUCUUCAUUGAUUUUCCAGAUGUUGCCGAGCAGCAAAGGAAAAUCGAGUCCUAUCUGCGCAACCACUUCAUCGGGGAGGAGAAGAGCAAGUACGACUACCUGAUGACCCUGCGGGGGGUGGUGAACAAGAGCACAGUCUGCCUCAUGGGGCACGAGCGGCGGCAGACUCUGAACAUGAUCACAAUCCUGGCCUUGAAAGUACUGGGAGAGCAGAACAUCAUCCCCAACGCGGCCAACGUGACGUGCUAUUACCAGCCUGCUCCAUAUAUCAGUGACAGAAACUUCAGCAACUACUACAUUGCUCAUGGACAGCCCCCCGUGUUCUACCAGCCCUACCCAUUCCACAUACAGAUCCAGAGCGGGAUGGUUUAGGAACACGCCGACCUCCGCAGCACCCACUUACACUCCUCCCUCUUCCCAGUUCUUAAUAAAGGCCUCAUUAAAGCGAGUUUUAUCAGCA